UGCUAGCUCAUCCGUAACGUCAGAGCCCUUCCCCGUAACUCGGCCCAGCAUGGAGCGGUCAACACAUAUAUAAGCUGUUCAUGUAACAUCGAUGGCGCAGUUUGCUCUCUGCAUGUUCGUGGCGUCCGUUCCAACGGGUACGAUGAUCACCCUGGGUGUCGGCAGGGUUCGCUGCCACGCGUUCGCUGCCAUGACAGUGUUUCUGGUGCUAGCCGCAGUGACGGGAGUGCAAGCUCGCUGCCCUCCCAAGUCGGGUGUCUUGAGUACCUGCGACUACACCGUAUGCUCUCCCGCGGGGUGCGCUGCCCAAGGUAUGGAGUGCUGCCCGAAACCGUGCGGUGGGAGCUGGUGCGUCAAAGGUAUAGGUCCGCCACCCGAAUUCUCCGAGAUCUGUCCACCAGAGUUUACUUGGGCCCAGGACUGCCUUGAGCCGAGGAAUAACACUACUUGUGAACAACUGAACUGCCUCAAGGUGGGAUCCAUCUGCUGCCGCAAUGGCUGCAAGGAAAACUACUGCUACCUCGUUCCUGGGAGUUCCAAGUGAGGCCCU